UGGGGGUAAAGCAAAUUCAUUUACAAAACAGUAUAUAAGUGACAGGAAAGAAAUGGUUAGUGGAUAGGCUUCAUGUGCACGACAGCGGCAGAAGUAACUUCAAAUGAAUUUAUCUUUAAAACUUUUAAAGAUGAAAAUUGCGUAUUUGGCAGUUCAGUUGUAUUUUUUAUUUGCAUGCGAAGCUGCACCAUGCAAUGUGUUUCUGUGUAAUGUAAAUGCUGCAGCGCUGGCCCAAUCAAGAUUGAAACUUAAUUUGCUCGAUCCAGAAAUUUGCCAAACUGUGAUAAUAGAAUAUGCUUCUAGUCAGAACAAUAGAUUACUUCAUCAUUAUGCAGUCACUCAAUUCAUUCCAGAUUUAAGAGCUAGCAGACAAAACUUUAAGAACUUUAAAUGUCUGAUAGAAGUUUAUACAUCUGAGCUUAUUGGCGAUAACUUUUACACGAUGUAUCUAAUUCCAGAAUCAAGAGCACUUUUCAUACAAUCAUGCAUAGACUAUUUACGUCGGUAUGACAUGAAUGGUAUAUCAAUCAGACAUUCAUUUCAUCGAAAACCCUUUUUUAAAAAAUAUUUUCCAAUACUUCUUCAAGAUAUAAUGGACGCAUUUCAAAAAGAGUCUGAAAGAACGGGAAGAACUCGCUUACUCCUGUACGUAUUUCUCUAUAACUAUAAGGAAAAUAUUGAUGAGGAUUAUGACGUGCCAGCAAUAUUUAGGUUGGCUGACAUUGUUAUAGUAGAUACAAAAUAUUACUCGUUUUUCCCCUUAAUUGGUAAUUGGACACAUCGUCAUCAAAGUAGACUUUAUGGAAAUACCACAGAUGAUGAACUGAAUAUGAAUUACACAGUGAAUUACUAUCUAUCAAAAGGAGCUGUAAAGAGCAAAUUAGUCAUAUGUGUUGCUUUCUCUGGAAAUGUAUAUUACAAUUUUUUUUUUAAAAAUGAAUUCAACAAAAGAUAUCACACUAUAAUGCGUAUGGAUUAUGAUCUGAUAUGUAAAAAAUUAAUUGAUUAUCAAAGACUAAAAGGAAGAAAAUUCCGAUAUCCUGAUAAUUGCCCUUUUUAUUUUUACGAUAAUGAUAGAUAUUUGGUUUAUUAUGAUGAUGCCAUUAGCUUGAUUUCAAAGGUCAGAUAUGCUAAAGAGAUGGGUUUGGCAGGUGUUAAUAUUUGGGAUGUUUCGGAUGACGAUAUGGCUGGAGAGUGCGGCGAUGGACCUUUCCCGUUGUUACAUCAUGUUAGUCAAGAAUGCAGAAAACCAUAGGAGUCCAAUUGUUGAAUAAUUGAAGAAAAAAAAAGAUUAAUUGUGGACUUCUUUCAAAGUAAAUAAACAUAAAAGGAGGAAAUUUUAAAC